CUGAGCCACGUUCGAAAGGCAUUGAGGAGGAAAUCAUUUCUCCUGCUGCACGUAACCUGACUCAAGAGAGCAGACCUGAGCGACGGUCAAAACAUGGCAGUGAUUUCGAACAAGUCGCCAGUGUCGCCACCAUGGCCGCUGCAGCUGUUGCCGGUGCUGCCUUUAUUGGUGGCACAUCUCGUGAUCGAACCAUCUCGCCGCCAAGUCAAUCCAAAGCACGAUCACGCGAAAAUCGUCGAGAGAUGGACUCUUCAGAAUUGCGGACGCCCAGUGUCACGCUGCCUGGGGAUCGCCAGUCCGAUGGAAGUGCACGAAGAAUCGAAGAGCGUUCCCCAACAACACGUGGAAGAGUCGAUGAAACGAGAGACGAUCACCGCGCACAUCAGUCCAGUUCAGUCAAGGCAAUCCAGACUGAUGUUCCACGCGCCUCUCAAAGCAUGCGUGUUGAUGCUCCGCGGGCGCCAAGGACUCCAAGCCCAAGAACCCCACUCGGGUCGAUCGCAGAAGAACACCACGCUCACAAGAGGAACAAACCUGUGAGUGAUGUGGGAGGGCCCGAACAGAUCAAGGUCACGAAGCGUUCCAAAACACCACAAGCAAUUCACGAACAAGAGCGUGCAGUUUCGGACAGUCAAAGUUCACGACUACGCCCGAGAAGUAUUCACAAUCUACGAGCUGUGAGCAAUCCAUUGUCCACGGAUACUCUCAUCAAUCGACUGCCUUGGCCUGCAGUAGACGAAGAACAUGACACUGUUCACCUCAAUCGAUCGGUAUCUGGAGACCACAGUCGACUCAAUCGACCACAACGACCAUCAAGCGUGUUGAGCAGUCACUCGAACGCGAGACAAUCCGAAGAUCUCCGCUCGUUUAGCCGGGCCAGUCAAAGAAGUUCCACUCCGACAUUGCGACGGAUAAAUUUGUCAGGUGACCUGCGGGCCGCCAGCCAGCGGGGAUCUUCAACGGUAUCGGUCACCGGAGCGGGAGCUACGCGCGCUUCACCCAUAACAAUUCCUUUCGAGGCACCUCCGACGCCGCCGUUGAACGAGGAUGAAGCUGCCAGUGUGGUGAGCGGCGGGAGUGUUUUACGCGGGUUUGGAAUGGAUGAUAUUUACGGCUAUGGUGGCGCACAAGGAUCUUCCGUGUCACCGACGCGACCACCAAGCGUAAGGAAACGCCAGUCGAUGCACAUUAACGAAUUGGAAUCUCGACUAGAUUCAUUGGUCGCGGAGAACCGCGCAUUACAAGAAGCCAAAGGGUUCCAUUACGACUCCCACAGCAAUGCGCUUCAGGAUGAACUUUCCCGACGCGAAUUCCAAUUACGCGAAAAGGAUGCCGAGAUCCACCAGAUCCGAGCAUUACUUCAGCCGCUACAGGAGGAAAUCCAACGGCUGACUGAGAUCAGCACUGGAUUGACGGAGGCCAAUCGCAACCUCGUGGAUGAGUCUAACAACCGAUACGCGUCAUUACAAUCCGAGCAUGCCAACACGCAUCAAAAUUGGCUCGUCGCGACGCGAGAGCUCGAAUCCUUACGCGGACAGAGUUCAAGAUCUGCCGAAGAGGAGAUCUCACGAGCCGUAGCCGAGAGGGAUAUCGAAAUCGAACGACUUCGACAAAAGCUGCAAGUUGCGAGUGAACAAAUCCGAGCAUUGCAGGUUCAGAUUCAAUCCCAAACACAACAAGACUUCCUCACUAUACGGGACGAGGAUUACUUUGACAAUGCCUGCCACAAACUCUGUCAGCAUGUCCAACAAUGGGUGUUGCGCUUCUCCAAGGUUUCCGACAACCGAAUCUGUCGGUUAUCCACUGAUCUCAACGAUGAAAAGAUCGAAGCUCGACUUGACAAUGUCAUGCUGGAUGGGUCAGAUGUCGAUAAACUCCUCGGAGACCGAGUGCGCCGAAGAGACGUGUUUGUCUCGGUGAUUAUGACCAUGGUGUGGGAACACAUCUUCACGCGCUACCUCUGCGGCAUGGACCGCGAACAACGCCAAAAACUCAAAGCGCUCGAGAAAUUGCUGAACGAAGUCGGACCGCGUCGGGCCGUAGCCCACUGGCGCGCCACGACCUUGACAUUGCUCUCCAAACGACCCGCCUUCGCCAGCCAACGCGAGCUCGACACCGAAGCCGUGGCCCACGAAAUCUUCAGCCUGCUCAGCGCCCUGCUCCCUCCGCCGCCGGGCUCCACGGAACAACAACUCCGGGCGUCGUUCCAGAAAGUCAUCAGCAUCGCCGUGGAUCUCUCGAUCGAAAUGCGCACCCAAAAGGCCGAGUACACCAUGCUGCCCCCCCUGGUCCCCGAAUACGACACCAACGGCGACCUCGUCCGGAAAGUCUACUUCCACGCCACCAACAUGAACGAACGCUCGGGCCUCUUCCCCUCGAACGAGACCCUCGCGGCGGAGAAGGCCGUGGUCAAAAUCGCGCUCUUCCCGCUCGUCAUGAAGAGGGGCGAUGACGACGGCGAGGGGGACGAUGAGAUCGUCGUCUGUCCCGCGCAGGUCCUCGUCCAGAACGACGAGGGCAGGAAGAAGAAGACCGUGAGGGUCGUCAGUGGGGCCAUGGAGAUCGAUUCGCUGCCGAGUUCGAUCCGCAGGUUGCAGAGCCGGCAGAGCGUCAUGAGCGAGGUCCCUGGAGGACAGUUUUGAACGUGAGGGGGAAUGAGGAGGAGGAGGAGGAGGAGGAGGAGGAGGAUUUUUCAGAUUUUUCUUUCAGAUUUUAUGACUUGUGAUCUGUAG